AUGACCAAGGCCACGUCUACUGCUAGAGAGGAACAACUUCAGCUCGAGGUAGACACAUUGAAGGCGCGGGUCGAGCUUUACGAGAACCGUAUUGCAUCACAGCAUCACCAUUCCCCGGACCCUGGAUUUUCCACAAAUCCUCCAUGCUGGACUGCUCAAUCCUCAAAGGGAAGUCGAGCAUCCUUUGAUGCCGCCAUGGACGGUCGACGCGGUCAUGCCUGGCGUACUCAAGCCCGCCAGAAAGAUGUCUUGCAGCAGGACCAUCCGGAUCAUCUUAUGACUCGCAGCAUAUCCAACCACUCCGAGCUAGACAUGCCAUACAUGUACGGCGGCGCAGCGGCCUCCUUCGCCAGUGCCCCGGGCUUAGUGAAUGGGUCUUCUCGUGCGGCCUCGAUCAGUAGCCACUUGGCCAGUGUGCAUGGAAAUGUCACUCUUCCUGAUGUUGGAGUACAUCCCGGAAAUUAUCUUUUGACUCAAGAUUGGUACAGUGAGCAGUCGUACUUGGCCUCGAAUGAGACUUAUUUGUCUCCAUACGAAGCUCAGAACAGCACUGUACCUUCAGCUCCUCCGUCUAUGGUGUCUGGGUUCUCAGCCCAGGAACCUACCCAACCACUAACAAGACAGAAUAGCUCUUUUGGUGGCAGCCUUGAUGCCAAUAUGGUGAGAUUUCCGUCGUCUCAAUCUCAUCGUACAGACGAGCUUUCGCCUCAUGACCCUCUGCGGCCCUCCGACGCCGAGAAUCAUUGUGCCAUAAGCACGGUCUCUGAGACCUACUUCCUGGCUAUAGGUUCCCGUUUCAGCAUGAAUGGCCAGGAAUAUCCUCCAGCUACUGGAAAUGCUCCUCUGCUGUUGCCGACAUCUGUCUCGCAGUCAAUGGAACGCUCCAUCUCGAACACCAGUACUUCUAGUGCCAAGUCAGCGGGCUCGAAUGCAGAGCGUCGUGCAAGGGAGGCUCUGACGCGUACUCUCCAAAACGGCAAGACGAAUGUCAUUCGUCCCAAAGCCGAUAGCACGCCGACUGCUACGAAUCCAACUGCUGCACCUCAAAGAAAAGCCGGCAAGAUGGCUCUGCAAAAGACGCCCUAUCAGCGACCCAAGGGCCCCAAAGUCUUUUGUCGUUUCUGCAAGGACCAUCCCGAUGGCUUCCGCGGUGAUCACGAACUUCGCCGUCAUCUUAACGCCAAACACAAAGGUGUUGUAAAGAAAUACGUGUGUCGGGAUCCAGCAACUGUUGGACUUACGUCCGGGGUCCAGGCUUUGCAACCACUCUCGGAUUGCAAGGCCUGUUCUUCGGGCAAGAAGUACGGGGCGUACUAUAAUGCUGCGGCCCAUCUUCGCCGCACCCAUUUCAAACCAAAAGCACCUCGCGGCAAGAAUAAGAAGCCUAAUGACGAGAAGCGUGGUGGAAAGGGCGGCGGUGACUGGCCUGCCAUGUCCGAGUUGAAACUUUGGUUCAAAGAAGUUCUGGUCAGCCGGGAUGAUGAUGAUGGUGAUGAUGAUGAUGAAUGCUCUGUUAUCGAAGUCCCCGAUGGCGAAGAUCUAGCUGUUGACGAUGAUAGCAACAGUUUUGAUUGGAUGAUUGAUCAAACUGUCGACGAAAAUGCCUCUGACUGUGAUGCUGAGGGCGACUCUUGCAUCCCUCCUUGGAGCACCAUGACUGCACAAUAUCAACAUGAUGGCAUGUGUGGUCUGAGAACCACAGCUGUUGAGGAUACACAAAUGGGUGAACUCUCAUCGCUGGACCAAGUACAUCCAGUCAGCUACGCGCUUGAUGAGUUUUCCUUGGCUGGGAAUGACACUGGUCCUUACGACCCGGUUCUCCUGGAGUCUACCUCAUCCACUUCUGCCCCCGCCUUUUACAUCCACGGUCAAUCUUAUCAAAGGCCCAACGGCCCCGGCCCGGUGUAA